AAAAAAAAUGUUACCAAUCUGGGAGAUAGUCGUUAAAGUAUUCAAUAAUUUAGCUGUGUAUUUCGGAUGGAAUCAAGGCAUUAGAAGAUGGAUGGAAUCAAGAACUCUAAAAUAGAAUUUGCUCUCUUCGGAACCCCCCAGCCCGGAACUCUUUUCCUAUUUGGCUGACUACUCCAUGUACUUACGGAAAACACUGCCUAAAGGAAGUAGAGCAGGCGACAAGCUUAGGUCUGCAUAUAGAGACCAUUUUGUGUUUUCAAACAUUGCCGCACGAGGGCGAUACGUGCAAAUUGGUGGCAGAACAAGGGAGAGUUCUUAAAGAACACCAGCAAAAAAAGCGUCUAUUUACAUGUUGCUUAUGAGUGCAUUUCACACUACUUUUGGAUUAUAAUUGGAUUUUAAGGCUCAUAUGAAUGUCUUGCUUAAUAUAAUGUUUGUGUCAUCAUCCCAAAUCAACUGCAUUACACUUUUAAAAAAACACUUCAACCAGUGUAAUGGCUCCCAAGUGGUGCAGUGGUCUGCAUCUCAGUGCUGGAGGCGUCAAUGGUUCGAUCCGGGGCUGUAUCACAACCGGCCGUGGUCGGGAGUCCCAUAGGGCGGCACACAAUUGGCCCAGCGUCAUCUGGGUUAGGGGACGGUUUGGCCGGGGUAGGCCGUCAUUAUAAAACAAGAAUUUGUACUUAACUGACUUGUCUGGUUAAAUAAAAUGGCUCUUUGGCUAGCUUUAGCUACAGCCUAUAUCAAUAAGAGUUAGCAUUCUAGCUAACAAAUACUGCACCCAAAAUAGUUAUUUUCCAAAUAUCACAACCAAAUAUAAUCUUAGCGAGUGUUCAAGCACGAGUCAAAACAUCAUUGUAAGCGUAUGAGAACCCCCCAAAAUGAUUUUGUUUGUAAGUAAUAAAAACAUAAAUUUAGGCUAUGUUGAAUGAGCGCAGAUGAAGAUGGCUUUCUUAUACCAUACCCGCGCGUGCGCCAUCCCGCGCAAAUUGAUUUUGUCGCCCCACACCAAACGCAAUCACGACACGCAGGUUGAAAUAUCAAAACAAACUCUGAACCAAUUAUAUUAAUUUGGGGACAGGUCGAAAAUCAUUAAACAUUUAUGGCAAUUUAGCUAGCUAGCUUGCAUUUGCUAGCUAAUUUGUCCUAUUUAGCUAGCUUGCUGUUGCUAGCUAAUUUGUCCUUUUUAGCUAGCUUGUUGUUGCUAGCUAAUUUGUCCUAUUUAUCUAGCUUGCUGUUGCUAACUAAUUUGUCCAGGGAUAAAAACGUUGAGUUGUUAUUUUACCUGAAAUGCACAAGGUCCUCUGACAAUUAAUCCAGACAUAAACCGGUCAACCGAGUCGCUUCUAGUCAUCUCUCUUCCUUCCAGUCUUUUUCUUCUUUGGACAUUAUAUUGAGAUUAGCAUCUAAUAGUAUUACCAUCAUGACUACUGACCUCAGUUCAUCUUUCAAUAAGCCACGUGAGUAUAACCAAUGAGGAGAUGGGAGAGGCAGGACUUGCAGAGCGUUCUGCGUCACAAAUAGAAGCAACUUCAAUUUUAGCACCUGGCAAUGCAGACGCUCGUUGUUGCUGCGCGCGAGCAGUGUGGGUGCAAUGAUUGAAUAACAUUUAUGUUGAAACGCUUGCGCACGCGACGAGAGCGGUGUGGUCAGCAUGUUACUGCCACCAAGAGUAGCGUGCAUCUGUGCGUUAUGUAAAUGUGUCGUGUACUGGAAAAAUAUAUAUUCUACCCCCAAAAAUAUAGAAUAAUAAAAAAAUUAUAAAUAAAUAAGAACAAAAGAUUUGAAAAAAAUAUAUAUAUAAAUGUAUAAAGAAAAUCUGGAUAUUCCCCACAGACUUCAAAGGGAUGAUUUCCACCAUAUAUGGUUAAAUAGAGGCGUUUCGAAAUGCAAAUACCCUAGGUCGUGCACGAGCACUGAGGCUGAAAACAUUUUGUAUUUAUUAAUGGUUAUCUCCUAUCGGUGUACAUAUGACGCUCGUAGGAUUGUUUGAUAAAUUACACUUUUUUUAAUGUAAUAUUUUAGAAUAGUUUCUACGCAAUAUUGAUACAUGAGGCCCCUGGUAAAUAUAAUGGACAAUCUGUGCUGAAGGGCUGGUCUUCAAUAGGGCACAGUGACAGACUGCAUACUACGUACGGACUGGGCUGUGGCGAAGAGAAAACAGACAGUCAGUUUCGUUUUCCAAAUCUCAACGUCAGGGGAAUACCAGCAGGACCAUAUAAAAUAUUCAGCUCAUACCGGACAAUAUCAUAACCACACAAACAGAUCAUUUGUUCUUCGACAGCAUUUUGUUUUCAUUUGUUCUCCGACAUUGACGAUCAUGAGCACAGACUGGACACCCACCCUGUGGUCAGAGUGUUUUGAGGAAAUGUUGGAUGAGGAGUUGGACAGCAGUGACCAGUGGGCCUUCCACUUCAACUAUGGCCUGGCAGAAGCACUCACCGAGGAGGAGAGGAGGAGAGGAUGGAGGGUGUACAGCCACUGUGCCAAUGGACGGUUCCAGUGUGGUGAGUGCUCUAAGACGUGGUGGUCGGCGCGGGUGGUGCUAGUGUUCCGGUACCGUCUGCGGGAUACGACAGCCAGGGGGACCGUGCUGAUGCGGCCGUACGGCCAGGCAUGCAAACGCUGCCGGGAAGAGUUUGAACUCCCAGGUUUCUCCCAGGACGAGGUGGAGGAGGCACUGCUUGGAUUGUUUGGAAAAAUUAAGAAGAACUGCUACGACGAGGAUGAGGAGGAUGAUGAGGAGGAUGAUGAGGAUGAUGAUGAGGAAGAUGAGGAGGAUGAGGAGGACGAGGAGGAGGAUGAGGAGGAGGAUGAGGAGGAGGAAGAAGAGGAUGGGUCAGAGAAGGUGUCGAGGAGGCCCCAUGAGAAAGCCCUGUGUGAAGCCUGCAGACUGGGCAUCUGCUGUCAAGAGUAGAGAAAAAGAGAGAAAGUGUGUGUGUGUGUGUGUGUGUGUGUGUGGUGUGUGUGUGUGUGUGUGUGUGUGUGUGUGUGUGUGUGUGUGUGUGUGUGUGUGUGUGUGUGUGUGUGUGUGUGUGUGUGUGUGUGUGUGUGACAGUGGGGGGAACAUAUAUCCUAAUGCUGUCUAGAAGUGGUUGUAAAAAUAUUAAGAACAGCAUGAUCUAUAUUGUGCCUAUGGACUCCAUACAAUCUUUAUGUAGCCUAAUGUAAUGUACUAUCGUUGGCCAAUAGCAAUGACCUAAUAUUUUAUCCUUAACUUACUUGUACUUUGGAGUUGUGUAGUAAGCAUCUAUUAUGUGUAAUAAACAUACAAAAUGGGAAGAC